AUGGCGCUGAAAGUUCCCAUCUUCAUAGUGGUCAGCAAAGUGGACCUGUGCUCCCGCGGCGCCGUGGAGCGGACGGUGCGCCAGCUGGAGCGCGUCCUGAAGCAGCCGGGCUGCAACAAGGUGCCCAUGCUGGUGUCCAGCCCGGACGACGCCGUGACCGCCGCGCAGCAGUUCGCCCAGUCCACGUGGUCAGUGCGAACGCCGCCCCUGCCCCCGCAAACACAGCUCACACAGCUCACACCAUGUGGCUCAGAUAUCACGCCCAUCUUCACGCUGUCCAGUGUGUCUGGGGAGAGUUUAGACCUCCUAAAGGUUUUCCUGAAUAUCCUCCCUCCGCUGAGCAACAGCAAGGAGCAGGAAGAGCUAAUGCAGCAGCUCACAGAGUUCCAGGUGGAUGAGAUCUACUCAGUUCCUGAUGUGGGGACUGUGGUGGGGGGGACUCUGUACAGCGGAGUGUGUCGGGAGGGCGAGCGUCUGGUGGUGGGACCCACAGACGAGGGCCGCUUCCUGCGCCUGAAGGUGGGGAGCAUCCAGAGGAACCGCUCGGCCUGCCGCGUGCUCCGGGCCGGACAGGCGGCCACGCUGGCCCUGGGAAACUUUGACCGCUCGCUACUGCGCAAGGGCAUGGUGAUGGUCAGCCCCAAGAUGAACCCGACCAUCUGCUGCCAGUUCGAGGCCGCCAUCGUGCUGCUCUUCCACGCCAAGACCUUCCGGCGCGGGUCGCAGGUGACCGUGCACGUGGGGAACGUCCGGCAGACGGCCACGGUGGAGGGCCUCAACGGAAAGGUGGGUGGGGACGGCGGCGGGGUGGCGGCGUUCCGGAGUUUCGGUGACGAACUGCGCACGGGGGAGAGGGCCGUGGUCCGCUUCCGCUUCAUCAAACACCCCGAAUACCUGCGUCUGGGCGCCAAGCUGCUCUUCAGGGAGGGGGUCACCAAGGGGAUCGGGCACGUCACGCGCCUGCUGCCCCCCUCCCAGAACCACGACCAGAACCAGAGCCAGAGCCAGAGCCAGAACCACGACCAAAACCUGCCCGAGUACUGA